GAGCAUCUUGAAAAUAUAACGGAAUACUCUUGCUUGCAUUGCAUUCCGUAGGCAGUAGAAAUAGUGAUAACUUUUUUGUAUGUUUUGAAAAUUAAUUUAGUGAGCCACCAUGCUCGACUUUGCAAUUUUCGCUGUCACAUUUUUAACUGCUUUACUUGUAGCCAUUAUUUGGCUAUAUCCAAGCUCUAAAAAAGUGACAAGUAUUCCAGGCUUGGAUCCCUCAACCACUGAAGAUGGCAACUUAAGUGACAUCGCACGUGCUGGAAGUCUCCAUGAAUUUCUAGUGUCUGCUCAUGAGCAAUAUGGACCUAUCACUGGCUUUUGGUGGGGUCAGGUGUAUGUGGUUAGCAUAGCAUCCUCAGAUCUGUUUAAACAGCAUUCCGCUGUGUUUGACCGUCCUUGUGAAUUAUUUAAAUUGUUUGAGCCUAUGAUCGGGCCAUUGUCUAUCCAGUUUGCUAAUGGAGCUGAUGGGCGAAAGCGAAGGCAAUAUUAUGAUCGUGCAUUUGAGCAUGAAAAGCUCCAGACAUAUUUUGAAAGCUUUCAGAAAGUUGCCAAGACAGUAGAGAAGAAAUGGGCUCAGAAAGGGGAGCAGGAUCACAUCCCUUUGUGUGAAGAUAUGUACAGCUUUGCCAUCAAGGCUGCUCUACUUGUGUUGAUGGGAGAAAGUUUUCAGGAUGAUAAGUUGGUGUUGAGCAUACGGAAUGCAUAUGAUAAGGCCUGGAGUGAAAUGGAACACAGACUGACUGACCCUGUUAUACCAGAUGAGAGCAGCCCAAGGAUGAAACAGUUUAAUGAAGCCAAGAAGUACUUGCACAACACCAUUCAGAAGGUUGUAGAACAUCGUAAAGAGCACAACCUGAAGAAACAGGGUCAACUUCUGAUUGAUGAGAUCCUUGAGCUCAGCACCAGCGAGGAGCAGACAGUCAGCGAUGCUUUGACCUAUCUCGUCGGAUCUUUUCAUACAACAGCCAACUUGCUAUCUUGGUGUAUAUAUUUUCUGGCCACACACAAGGACGUACAAGAGAAAGUUUAUAAAGAGGUCAAGAAGGUUCUGGGUGAUGAAGGCAGUGUCAGUGACACAAACUAUGGACAGCUCAGCUACAUGAAUCAAGUAUUGAAUGAGACAUUGCGUUGUGCUGUUGUUGCACCCUGGGGUGCCAGGGUUCAAGACUUUGACAGUGAGCUUGGUGGACACAAAAUACCCAAAAGUACACCAGUGAUUCAUGCAUUUGGUGUUGUGCUCCAGGAUGCCAAGCUUUGGCCAUUGCCAAAUAAGUUUGACCCAGAUCGCUUCAGUGCAGCAAACAGCAAGAACAGAUCUUCAUUCGCCUUCAGUCCUUUUGGCUUUGCUGGCAAGCGGAAGUGUCCUGGCCACAAAUUUUCAUACCUAGAGUCUACUGUCCUGCUAGCCACAUUGAUACGCAAAUACAACAUCAGCUUGUUGGAUGACCAAGUUGUCCAGCCAGUGUACGGCCUUGUAACACACCCUCAAGAGGAAAUCUGGGUCAAAAUCAGCAAGCGGGGUUAGCUCCCUUUUUGAAUUAGUAGAUAACUUCAAGUUUCCAAUUUAGAACCAAUUAAAAGUUUUUAAAAAAUUAAAUAUCAACAAAAAUAUUCUUUUGUUAAAAAAAAAAAUAAAUUCAGCAUUUAUUUUGAUUGCCUUCUUCUUAGUUAUGUACUAACUUUCUUGUUGGUCUAUGCAUAUGUUCAUCAUAAUCUACUUGUUGCUGCUUUUAAUUCAAUUAUAAUUACAGCAUUUAAAUGUAUUAGUGUCACAUUUUGAAUUCUACUAAAGUGAAACUCCACCAAUUGUAAAAAAUAAAAUCUUAAAUGUGAAGUGUGAAGACUGCUUGCUGGAGAUCAAAUUCACAUUUUUUGUAUGUGUAUGCUAAGUGUUGGGUUAUGGAAUCUGUACCUUGUGUGCUUGAGUGAACUGUUUCAGUGGGUAUUGUUUAGCAUUCAUGUGUUUAUUUAUGUCCUAUGUUGUUUAUUAAAUUGAUGGGAUUUUAACCCUUAUCCCUGUUGAAGCUACAGCUAAUUGAUGCCAUCAAAUGUGUUAAAGUCAAUAUCUUUGCAGUUUCAGAUUUUCAUUAGUUAGUUGUGAGGAUUAUUUUUUAAAGAUGUUAAAGUAGCAUUUUUUUCUAUCAGCUCCUUGUAUGUCAAACAUUUAUUUUGUUUACAAGAACUUGUGAUCACAGCAUGAUAAAUGCUUUUGAAAUUUAAUUUUUUUCAACAAAAUAUAAAACUUUUUUAAUAACUAUAUAAUAAAUAUCUGUAAAACUCUAUGUAUCAUAAAAGUGGUUGGUUGAUUAAAAUUUUCUCAUACUUUCAUUUGUAACUUUUUGUUUUAACUGACUUAAUAAAAAAUACAAGUUAACAUUAACUAGUCACACAACACUCACUUAGGUGUCCAAAAAUGCCAGCAUCUUUCAUUUUAGUUACAGGCGUAGUAUAUCUAUGAAACUAUAAAAUUUAGCUUUGUUUUAAGUUUUCACAUAAAGUUUCAUACAUUCCCUGAUGUAAAGUUUCAAAUAUAUUAUAAAGAUAAAGCAUCAUUUGAAUAUGUGUAAUAAUAACUUUAUAGAUGUCUGUGUAUAAUAUCACAGCUUAGCUAUACAUUAUUUAGUUUGAUUUUUUUCCUGUUUUCAUUUUAGUGGUUAUGGUUUAUUGUUUUGAUCAUUCAAUGUAUGUAUUUCUCAAUAAAUACAUAAUACUAGUC